AUGCCUGUACAAGCUCCACAAUGGACGGAUUUCCUCUCCUGCCCAAUUUGCACUCAGACUUUCGACGAAACAAUUCGAAAGCCCAUCAGUUUGGGCUGUGGCCAUACUGUCUGCAAGAUGUGCCUGAAUAAACUCCACCGCAAGGCUUGCCCAUUUGACCAGACCACUAUCAAUACAGACAUUGAGCUCCUCCCUGUGAACUCAGCAUUGCUGCAGCUGGUCGGUGCUCAGGUCCCUGAGCAGCAACCCAUUACUUUGUGUAGUGGAGUUGAAGAUACAAAGCAUUAUGAGGAAGCAAAGAAAUGUGUAGAAGAAUUAGCAUUGUACCUGAAACCACUCAGCAGUGCUAGAGGAGUGGGUCUGAAUAGCACUACUCAGAGUGUUCUGAGUCGCCCAAUGCAGAGGAAGCUGGUGACUCUGGUUCAUUGCCAACUAGUGGAAGAAGAAGGCAGGAUUCGUGCCAUGAGGGCAGCUCGAUCAUUAGGUGAACGAACAGUUACAGAGCUCAUCCUCCAGCACCAGAAUCCUCAGCAACUUUCUUCUAAUCUUUGGGCAGCAGUCAGAGCUAGAGGCUGCCAGUUCCUUGGACCAGCAAUGCAGGAAGAAGCUCUAAAGUUGGUUCUGUUGGCCUUAGAAGAUGGUUCUGCUUUGUCCAGAAAAGUCUUGGUUCUCUUUGUGGUGCAAAGGUUGGAGCCACGGUUCCCUCAAGCCUCUAAAACUAGCAUUGGGCAUGUUGUCCAGCUCCUUUAUAGAGCCUCCUGCUUCAAGGUCACCAAACGUGAUGAAGACUCUUCUUUAAUGCAACUAAAGGAAGAAUUUAGAACCUACGAAGCUCUGCGGCGAGAACAUGACUCCCAGAUAGUGCAGAUUGCUAUGGAGGCAGGUUUACGAAUUGCACCAGAUCAGUGGUCCUCUUUGCUUUAUGGAGACCAGUCUCACAAAUCUCAUAUGCAGUCAAUUAUUGACAAGUUGCAGACCCCAGCCUCUUUUGCACAAAGUGUUCAGGAACUAACAAUUGCUCUCCAGCGAACUGGAGACCCAGCAAACUUGAACCGAUUGAGACCCCAUUUGGAGCUGUUAGCAAACAUUGACCCUAGUCCAGAUGCUCCUCCUCCUACUUGGGAACAACUAGAAAAUGGUCUGGUUGCUGUGCGUACAGUGGUGCAUGGGCUGGUUGAUUACAUCCAGAACCACAGCAAAAAAGGAGCAGACCAACAGCAGCCUCCACAGCACAGCAAAUAUAAAACAUACAUGUGUCGAGAUAUGAAGCAGAGAGGAGGAUGCCCUCGUGGGGCCAGCUGUACAUUUGCACACUCUCAGGAGGAACUGGAAAAAUUUCGUAAAAUGAACAAACGCUUAGUUCCCAGAAGACCCCUGAGUGCCUCUUUGGGUCAACUUAAUGAGGUGGGCCUGCCUUCAGCAGCUAUCCUCCCAGAUGAAAGUGCGGUGGAUCUGCCUACCAGAAAAACCCCUGCUCUGCCAAAUGGAAUUGUAUCAACAGGGAACACCGUCACACAGCUGAUUGCACGAGGGACAGACCCAAGCUAUGAGUCUGGUCUGAAACCUGGAAAGAUAGAUCAUCUGAGCAGUAGUGCACCUGGAUCUCCUCCUGACCUACUGGAAUCUGUCCCUAAGAGUAUUUCUGCCUUACCUGUGAAUCCACACCCUGUACCUCCAAGGGGGCCAGACCUGCCUCCCAUGCCUGUCACCAAACCACUUCAGAUGGUGCCACGAGGGUCUCAGUUAUAUCCAGCGCAACAGGCAGAUGUUUAUUAUCAGGAUCCUCGAGGAGCAGCUCCACCGUUUGAAGCAGCACCUUAUCAGCAGGGUAUGUACUAUACCCCACCACCACAAUGUGUGUCCCGCUUUGUCCGGCCUCCACCAUCUGCUCCUGAACCUGGUCCUCCAUACUUGGAUCAUUAUCCACCCUACCUCCAAGAUCGUGUAGUAAACUCCCAGUAUGGCACACAGCCACAGCAGUACCCACCUAUGUACCCACCACACUAUGAUGGCCGUCGGGUAUACCCUGCUCAAUCUUACACGAGAGAGGAGAUAUUUCGAGAAAGCUCUAUACCCAUUGAGAUUCCACCUGCAGCAGUACCAUCCUAUGUUCCAGAAUCCAGAGAAAGAUACCCUCAGAUGGAGGGUUACUAUCCAGUGGCUCCUCAUCCAACUCAGAUCAGACCUUCAUACCUCAGAGAGCCUCCUUAUAGCCGGCUUCCACCUCCUCCUCAGCCCCAUCCUAGUCUAGAUGAGCUACAUCGCCGAAGAAAGGAAAUAAUGGCCCAACUGGAGGAAAGAAAGGUCAUCUCUCCACCUCCUUUUGCACCUUCACCAACAUUACCUCCUACCUUCCAUCAAGAGGAAUUUUUAGAUGAAGACUUGAAGAUAGCUGGGAAAUACAAAGGAAAUGAUUAUAGCCAGUAUUCUCCCUGGUCAUGUGACACUAUCGGCUCCUACAUUGGGACCAAAGAUGUAAAACCCAAAGAUGUUGUGGCAGCAGGGAGUGUGGAAAUGAUGAAUGUGGACAGUAAAGGAAUGAGAGAUCAGCGAUUGGAUCUUCAGAGAAGAGCAGCAGAAACCAGUGAUGAUGACCUUAUCCCAUUUGGAGAUCGACCAACAGUUUCUCGGUUUGGUGCCAUCUCUCGAACUUCCAAAACUAUAUACCAGGGAGCUGGCCCAAUGCAGGCUAUGGCACCUCAAGGAGCUCCCACAAAAUCACUUAACAUUUCAGAUUAUAGUCCAUAUGGAACCCAUGGUGGCUGGGGAGGUUCUCCCUAUUCACCUCAUCAAAACAUACCUUCUCAGGGACACUUCAGUGAGAGGGAGAGAAUGUCCAUGUCAGAUGUAACCAGUCAUGGGAAACCCCUUCCAUCUGCUGAGAGGGAACAGCUAAGACUAGAAUUACAGCAACUGAACCAUCAGAUUAACCAACAGACCCAGCUACGUGGACUAGAGGCUGUUAGUAACAGGCUGAUGUUGCAGAGGGAGGUGAACACCCUGGCAAGCCAGUCACAGCCUCCACAGCCACCUCCAAAAUGGCCUGGAAUGAUCUCAAGUGAACAGUUGAGCUUGGAGCUGCACCAAGUGGAAAGGGAAAUUGGAAAGAGAACUCGGGAACUGAGUAUGGAGAGCCAGUGUUCUCUGGACAUGAAAAACAAAUUGAAUACCAGUAAACAAGCAGAAAAUGGACAGCCAGAACCACAACACAAAGUUCCCGCUGAGGACCUUACAUUGACAUUCAGUGAUGUACCGAAUGGAUCAACCCUGACACAAGAGAAUAUCAGCCUCCUAUCAAACAAGGCCAGCUCUUUAAACCUAUCAGACGACCCUGAGGGAGGAGGAGAUAAUAAUGACUCCCAGAGAUCGGGAGUUACACCCAGUUCUGCUUCCUAAAAUAUGAAGAGUCCUACUUUUAUCUUCUGCUCCUAAUCAAUCUGUGGGGCGUGGGGUAGGAGAAUGGAUAACUUCUAAACCUUAUCUCUAAGAGUGGUCUGAGAAAUCCGGGAAAGGCAUUGGAGGCAAUGUGCACAAACACCACUACUAAAAACAAACCCUGCACAUAGUUCACAUUAAUGCAUUUUUUAAUUUAAGAAAAAAAAAAAUUAGCAGUAUCUGCAAGCAAUUCAGAUUAAAUUUGUUUUUGUUCUGUG